UGGACGCAAUGCGCGGUGUUCCUGAAAACAUGCGUUACGAUGUCUGAAGGUUUUAAUGGGCGCAAAAUACUCUAAAAAGCGCCAUAAACCUCGCAUAAGUAAAUCUCAGAUACCAUGGCUUCUACGUGGAGCUAUAAGAAGCAAUAAUGUUGGAACACUUCAAUAUCUUUUCAGUUAUCCUAAUGGUGUGGAUCCAAGCAUGGUCAUUGAUGGAGUAUGCCCCCUCAAUUUGGCGGUUGAGUUGGGAUAUUUACAAAUGGUUAAGAUUCUUAUCAAAGCAGGUGCAGAUAUAUACGUAGCUGAUGCUCCUCGAUAUCCACUUCACCAGGCAAGUUUAUACGGUCGUGCAGAUAUUGCUGAACUUCUUAUCCGAUCCGGUGCUUCUGUAUCUGCGCUUACUGAGCGCAGACAGUCUUGUCUACACUUACUAGCGCAUCAAACUGCUCAAAGAUAUGUGGAUACAGCUAAAAUCCUGUUGAAGUAUCAUGCCAAUCCUAAUACAUUAGAUGAUGAUGGCCUUGCCCCAUUACAUCGAGCUUCAGUUGAAAUAGUUGAAGUCUUAGUUGCACAUGAAGCAACUGAUGUGAAUAUUUGUAGUCGAGAUUUGGAUACACCUCUUCUGACUGCUGUAAAAGAUCGUAGAGAAUUGAUUUUGAUUGCUCUUAUUCGAGGUGAUCAACAAUUUCGUGAACAGCAUCGUAAAAAUAUGAUCAGUCCACUUGAAAAUCAGUCUAAUGAUGUACAAUGUCGAAUUAUUACAUCAGCUUUGCGUACACCAUCUUCAAAAUCAUCUAAUUCAGCUGCUUCUCGGUUCACAUUAGCCUCUGCUACAAGUACAAUUUUUCGUGGUACAGUUUCAAAUGAUUGUACAGUACCACGUGCUUCAUCUGCCGCUUCAGUUAACAUACACUCAGUAUUCAGUGCAAAUAAUCCAAAAUCACUUAUCAAUCGGCAUAUUUUAGCCUCACAACUUCUACGACCUAAACAGAACAAAAUUCUAGAUGAACAAGAUACAGAAUUGGAGUCUGAUUCGAAUGGGAUUAAUCCACGAUCAUGUAGUUCAAGAUUAAGUGGGAAAAAUCAUACUUCCUUACAACCUGAAUCUAAUGGUGAUCCUCAACUUAUUGUUAAGUCAAUUUAUAGCGGUAGUUCUAAUCUAUCUAGUGUUGUUCGUAAACCAGAAAACUGUCAACGAUGUCAUAGUGUGGGGAAUCCAAGUGAUGUUGCUCGAUGGUGGCAAAGUUGUGAUCGACUUCAGCGCUUACUUGGCAAGACAACUGCAUUAACCAGCAAUAAUAAUAAUAAUAAUCAGAUAUCAUCACAGACAACAAAUCAAAACCAAUUGACUCAUACUAGUUGUCUACAAUCGAAUUCUGGGAUGAUUAGACCACGUUUAGACAUUGAUCGACCAGACAAAAUUGGUAUGACACCUUUAAUGAUUGCAGCUGAGGCUGGUUCAAGUGGUUUGAAUAUGGCUAUCGCUUUAAUGAAUGCUGGUUCAAAUAUAUCAUUAACUGAUAAAGUCGGUAUGACUGCGUUACAUCAUGCAUGUUAUGUUGGAUCAUUCAAUAUGGUGCGUUAUCUUAUGGAACGUGUUCAACCAAUAAUGUGUUGUAAUUUAACUACUACAUCAGCUAUGAAGAUAAACACUGGAUCAAAUGCACGAUUAUCAUGUUUAUCCACUAAUUCACCUGGCUUAAUAUCUCCUACUAGUAAUAAUAAUAAUACUCAGUUGCCGCUACCGCCAAGUCGUCUUUCAAAUCCUGAAUUGUUAAAUGUCCAGGUUAGUCAAAAUAUUAUUGAGAAUAACUGUAAUUCAGUUGUACAGAAAAACUCCUGAUAGGCUCAAAACCAAUAGUCUUGUGCCUAUUACUGGCUCUGUUGGUUUGCUAAGAGUUGAUGGCCUCAUGAAUGAAGAGGAGGGUUGAAAAUACACUCGACUCUAGAGAGUAUUGAACUGUCAAAAUUACUGUCGCCAGUAUUUCAUACUCAUCCACUUAACUGUAGAGCAACCUCGCUUAAGUAACUAGUUCACUAGUUAAUAGACGGUUCUAACCCCGGAUAAAGAGGGAAGGUUGGGCAUAGGGCUAACAACCCUACCCCGUUAAACCAAUCCAACCGCUAAACAAACUUCAAAGCACAAAGAAAAUAUAAAAAAUAAAAACCAACUUAAUCCUUGCUGGAAUCAGAGAGACUAAAUGACGCCGGUUGGUGAAAGCCUUCGGAAGCCAGUCGGCCGAUGUGUUUCCUCUCGAUGAAGGCGAAAGUAAACGUGGGGACAUGGAAUGUUCGCACCAUGUUUGAACCUACCAAGGCUGCCCAGAUCGCAAAAGAGAUGAGGAGACAUGGCAUGGAAGUGCUUGGAAUCUGCGAAAGCAGAUGGAAUGGAAGUGGACUCUCCAAACUGUCAACAAUAGAGUCAAUAAUCUACUCCGAUAUUGUCACCCAGACGACAACCACGAGCACACUGAGUUUUGGAGUGGCUAUCAUGAUUUCCCCAAGAACAUCGAAGGCUCUCAUGCAGUGGGAAUCAAUCUCCUCCAGGAUCAUAACAGCAAAAUUCAACUCAAAAGGGAGGAAAGUCACAAUCAUUCAAUGCUACGCGCCAACAAAUAAUGCAGAUGAAGAGAAGAAGGAGGAAUUCUGCAGACAACUGCAGUCAGUACUAGAAAAGACUUUAGUUGGUGACACGAAUGCCAAACUGGGAGCGGAUAACACAGAAAAAGAACUCAUCAUGGGUAGAGACGCACUUGGUGAAAUAAACGAGAAUGGAAAGCUGUUUGCAGACUUCUGCACAUUUAAUGAUUGGUGGUGAUUGGAGGCAGUGUGUACAAACAAAAGGAUAUUCACAAAGCGCGCGACAUGGGUUUCACCAGAUGGAUACACUACACUUAAAAUCAGAUCGACUUCAUCUCAAUGUGAAGAGAGUGGAGAUGCAGCCUACUGGACACAAGAUCAGAUCAAGAAGGGGAGUAGAUGUAGGUUCACACCAGUCACUAUCUAGUGCAAGGAACCCAACUUUCAAAACAAGUUGAAAGCCUUCAAAGAAGUUGAUGAUAGACCACAGUUCAAGUUGAAUACCCAGAACAGAAACUGCAGGAUAAAACUACACGUCAACCAUCAGAACAAAAUGGGAGAUAUUGAGCAACAUCCGUGAAGAAACCUGCAUAACUGUAUUAGGAAGGAAGAAGAAAAGAAAUGAAUCUCGAUGGACACAUGGAAGCUGAUAGAGGAGAUGAAGAUGGUGAAGCAGAAGAUGAACCAGUGAAGUGCAGGGAUGAAUAACGAAAAGAGGAACUGACUACAACUUAUAUAACACUACCCUGGACAAAGAAGUGAAGAAGAGUGCGUGCAAAGACAAAGAGACUUCUAAGACACACUUGCAAGUGAAGCAGAACAGGCUGCAGGUACCAGAGAUAGAGGCCUGACAACACUAUAUCAAAUAACCAGGUAACUAUCUGAGAAGAGAUCAACUCAGAUGAAACCAAGGAAAGAUUAGCGAAAGAAACUUAGUUACCGAAGAGGAAAAACAAAGGAGACGAUGGGCUGGCCACUUCAGAAAACUCUUGAAUCGACCACCACGACGUGCAACUCGUCCAGAAAUACCACCAGCAGCCCAGCCACAGAACUAUUAGUUAACACAAACCAUCCGACAAAAGCAGAAGUGAAGUCCUGAACAUCAUCAAGUUGCUGGAAUUCGGGAAAGCAGCAGGACCAGAUAAAACUCAGCCAGAAGCACUGAAAACAGACCCAGAGACAACAGAGAACAUGCUCAUACCACACCACUAUUGCAGAAGGUUUGGAAGGAAGGAAGGGAAGGUACCUGCCUAUUGAUUGGAAGAAGGGCUACCUUAUGAAACUUCCAAUGUAGGGUGACCUAAGUCCUUCCAAGAACUGGUGAGGAAUCAUGCUGCUGUCCACCCCAAGCAAAAUAUUAAGUCUCAUCAUUCUAGAGAGACUAAAAGAUGCGCUGGGUUCAAAAUUACGACCGGAACAGGCUGGGUGUAUUCAGAAAAAAAUAUGUGGGUCAAAUUGCAACGCUACGCUACGCAUCAUCAUAGAACAGAGAGUCGAAUGGCAGUCAACUCUACCUCAACUUCAU